AGAGAGUGGUCUCUCCAGAAGGCAGACAAGGGUGGGGAUGGAAAAAUGUCUUGGGUGGUGGGGUUGGAUUGCAGAUGGCAGAAGUGUCGGAGGAUGAUGCAUUGUAUCUGGAGGUUGGUGGGGUGGUCUGUGAGAAUGAGGGGAAUCCUCUUUGGGCAGUUGUGGCGGGGGCGGGGUGUGAGGGAUGUGUAGCGGGAAAUGCGGGAGACGCGGUCAAGGGUGUUCUCGACCACUGCGGGGGGAAAGUUGCGGCCCUUGAAGAACUUGGACAUCUGGGAUGUGCGGGAGUGGAAUGGUUCAUUCUGGGAGCAGAUGCGGCGGAGGUGAAGGAAUUGGGAAUAGGGGAUGGAAUUUUUGCAGAAGGGUGGGUGGAAGGAGGUGUAUUCUAGGUAGCUGUGGGAGUCAGUGGGCUUGAAAUGGACAUCAGUUACUAGCUGGUUGCCUGAGAUGGAGACCGAGAGGUCCAGGAAGGUGAGGGAUGUGCUGGAGAUGGCCCAGGUGAACUGAAGGUUGGGGUGGAAGGUGUUGGUGAAGUGGAUGAACUGUUCGAGCUCCUCUUGGGAGCAAGAGGCAGCACCGCCGAUACAGUCAUCAAUGUAAUGGAGGAAGAGGUGGGGUUUGGUGCCACUGUAGGUACAAAAGAGGGGUUGUUCCACGUAACCUACAAAGAGGCAGGCAUAGCUGGGGCCCAUGUGCGUGCCCAUGGCCACCUCCUUUGUCUGUAGGAAGUGGGAGGAAUCGAUAGAGAAGUUGUUGAGGGUGAGGAUGAGUUCGGCUAGGCGGAUGAGGGUGUCGGUGGAGGGGGACUGGUCAGAUCUGCGGGACAGGAAGAAGCGGAGGGCCUUGAGGCCAUCUGCAUGAGGAAUACAGGUGUAUCGGGACUGGACAUCCAUGGUGAAAAUGAGGUGUUGGGGGCCAGGGAAUUGGAAGUUCUGGAGGAGGUGGAGGGCGUGGGUGGUGUCACGGACGUAGGGAGGGAGUUCCUGGACCAAAGGGGAGAAAAUGGAGUCCAGAUAGGCGGAGAUGAGUUCGGUGGGGCAGGAACAGGCUGAGACAAUGGGUCGACCAGGGCAGGCAGGUUUGUGGAUUAAAUCCCGAUACUGGACACCAAUCGGCUUAAACUGCUUACGAACAACGGAGAAGACAACAAGCAAGCAAACAGCAGAAGUACUAGAAACUCUCUUCAGGACUAGCAUUAUUGUGCAGGUUGAGGUUAUUCAGCCCGCACUAUCCAUUCUGGCUCUCUCCAGCAGGGACUCAGGAAUAGUGCCAGAAGACUGGAGGAUUGCAAAUGUUGUCCCCUUGUUCAAGAACGGGAGUAGAGACAACCCUGCAUUGGCUGGAGGUCGAAUUGAGGUGACGGAUUUCAUAGGAGAUGUGAGAGAUAAAGAGGUUGUGCAAAAAGCCUGUCAAGGAGUGACAUGUGUUAUUCACACUGCUUCUGUGAUUGACAUCUGGGGAUACAUCAGCAAUGAAGAGCUAGAAGCCAUCAAUGUUAAAGGAACUCAGCUUUUGAUAGAAACCUCUAUUCAGCAGAACGUGAAGUGUUUUAUCUACACCAGUUCUGUGGAGGUGGUAGGACCAAAUGCAAGAGGUGAUUCUAUCUGUAAUGGUGAUGAAGGCACGGUCUACCUUGGCAAGCUGGAAUUUCAGUACAGCAGAACAAAACUUGCAGCAGAACAAUUAGUGCUGACAUCAAAUGGAUGUCUCCUACCUAAUGGUGAACAAAUGGUAACAUGCGCUUUACGGCCCAUGUAUAUCUACGGAGAAAACUCCCGUUUUAUGGUAGGGCACUUGGAUGAAGGAAUCAUCAAUGGAAAUGUUCUAAAGAGAUCUUCUAGGAAGCAGGCACUUGUGAAUCCUGUUUAUGUUGGCAAUGUAGCUUGGGCUCAUAUUUCAGUGGCUAGAGCUAUGAAAGACAAGGGCAGGAAGAAAGUAGUUGGUGGGAAAUUCUAUUACAUCACAGAUGACACCCCGCACAUGAGUUACUCAGAUUUUAACUAUGAGAUGAUGGGCCCUCUAGGGUUUACAAUUCCAGGAAAGCUUCAGAUGCCUCUGCUGCUUAUGUACUUCACCACUUUCAUGAUGGAGAUGCUGCAGUUUUUGCUAAGGCCAUUUAUCAGAUAUGUUCCCAAAACAAACCGACACCUUAUUACAAUGCUCAACACAAAGUUUACCUUUACUAGCCACAAAGCUUUCAAUGAUUUUGACUACAUACCACGUUACAGUUGGGAUGUAGCAAAAAAGCGGACCACUGCCUGGCUGGCUUCAAUUGUACAACACCGGAGAGAUAUUUUAAAUAAAAAGUAACACUGAAGCUACAGAAAUAAAAACCUAAAUCUUAGGGGAGAAAAGUUUGAAAUUCUGAAUGUUUAUUUUGGUGCAGUAGUCAAUGCUUUUAUUCAAAAUUCCUGAGGCUGAAAUUGGCCUACUUAUUGCUUCGUUUUGGGUGUUACCAGAGUCCAUAAAGUUCCAAAAUGAGGUCUUGCCUGCUUUGUGCACAAACACUUAGAGAUUAGUGAGAUGCUAUAAUAUUGAAGAUGUUAUCAUACAUUCACAGAUUGUUCCCAUAAGUACCCUGUGUGGGCACAUUCAUUUUACUUACCUGUUCACAGGAUGUGGCCUCAUUGCCAGCAUUUAUUGCCUUCGAGAUCAUGACAUCAGUCAGCAGACUGGACUGAUUUGACCUAGUGGUGCUAUUUUCAGCUCACUACUUCAAUUAAUAUUAUCUUUUAACUUACAUAUUUAAAUGCAGAGUGUUAAAAAGGACCCCAUUCAGCUGCAAUAGAUAAAGGACUCCAAUUACAUUUGGGUUAGUUAUUGAUUACUUAGGGCCGUUGUUUUGUCUUUAAGAAUGUGUUUUCUAAAGUUGUUUCAAGCCACACAAGACUAAAAGUGAUGUAAUGGCAGGUAUUUCAAGAUUUUCUGCUAACGACGCAGUCACUCAUAACAUGGAUACACGAAGUUAGCAAUUCCAAAAAAGAAUCCACUUCGUCCUCACAUACCACCCCACCAACCUCCAGAUCCAACGCAUCAUCCUCCGACACUUCCGCCAUCUGCAAUCCGACCCCACCACCAAAGACAUUUUUCCCUCCCCACCCUUGUCUACUUUCCAGAGGGAUGACUCUCUCCGUGACUCCCUUGUCUGCUCCACACUCCCCUCCAACCCCACCACACCCGGCACUUUUCCCUGCAACCGCAGGAAGUGCUACACCUGCCCCCACACCCCCAUCCCAGGCCCCAAGAAGACUUUCCACAUCAAGCAGAUGUUCACCUGCACAUCUGCUAAUGUGGUAUACUGCAUCCGCUGUACCCGUUGUGGCCUCCUCUACAUCGGGGAAAUCAAGUGGAAGCUUGGGGACUGCUUUGCAGAACUCCUACGCUUGGUUCGCAGUAAACAACUGUACCUCCCAGUCACGAACUGUUUCAACUCCCCUUCUCAUUCCUCAGACAACAUGUCCAUCGUGGGCCUCCUGCAGUGCCACAGCGAUACCACCUGAAGGUUGCAGGAACAGCAACUCAUAUUCCGCUUGGAAAUCCUGCAGCCCAAUGGUAUCGAUGUGGAUUUCACAAGCUUCAAAAUCUCCCCUCCCCCUACCGCCUCCCAAAAGCAGCCCAGCUUGUCCCUGCCUCCCUAACCUGUUCUUCCUCUCACCUAUCCCCUCCUCCCACCUCAACCCGCACCCUCAUUUCUUACCUACUAACCUCAUCCCACCCCCUUGACCUGCCGUCCUCCCUGGACUGACCUAUCUCCUCCCUACCUCCCCACCUACACUCACCUUUACUGGCUCCAUACCCACCUCUUUGACUUGUCUGUCUUCUCUCCACCUAUCUUCUCUAUCCAUCUUCUAUCCGCCUCCCCCUCUCUGCCUAUUUCUGAAGGGUCUAGGCCUGAAACAUCAGCUUUCCUGCUCCUAAGAUGCUGCUAGGCCUGCUGUGUUCAUCCAGUUCUACACCAUUCUAAUAGGAUUUGACUUUGGGAAUAAAGUGGAUAUACAGAGCAGCUCAAGUUAUAAGAUGAGAUGAUGAUGUGGAGGAGGAUAAGGGCUGUCAACAAGAGGCCAGAUUAACUCAACAUGUUCACAGCAAUUCUUUUAUCCGAAUAUCAGUGAAGAACAUUUUGUGAAUGACUAUUGUUCUGGUUCAGAGAUUUGACUGAAAUCUGCCAAUUGUUGCAGCCACAACAGUAAACUCAGAACAGGGCAAGGACUGCAUUCACAGUGGCUGUGAAAGUGAUAUGGCAAUGAAUUUCUAUUUGCCUAACCCACUGUAGUCCGUACCUGAACUUAAUUAUAACAUUUUGCAGUUUGCUGUCCAAUGUUGCACAAGAAAAUGUCACUGAAGAUUUCAUUCAGUGACAGUUGAUGCCAAUAUUAUUUCUACCUGGUCAGGGAUCAAUAGCUGGCAGAGUGUACAAGCUGAGAGAUGUUGGCUUAUAACUUGCAGGGUGGAUGAAGCUAUGAAUCCUGAUUUAUAACAAUUGCCAGUAAGUGAGCAUUGAGGAUGUAAUGAAUUGAACAAUAGCUGAGGCUCGGUGCAGUUAAUAUAAUACAUUUAUCCAUUUGAAGACAAAUACACUGACUUGACUGCUUAAGUGAGGUCCUUGAACGUAUCGUUGCACUGUCUGUUUCUUUUGGACAUGAAUCCUGGCAUGUAUUUCCAUGACUUUCUGCUCCCUUGAUAUUUUGCCAUCUCUGGGUUCAGGACACCUUUCCCGCUUUUCACCUCCACCAUCAAGGCCCAUGAUUCAGCAUCUGAAAACUUUGGAGCCUGCCUAAGUUGUUCCAUUUUUCAUCCUUUCCCAGGUGAGCUCCUGCAUGACUGUCAAUAAGUCCUCCUGCCGCAAUGCACUUUCCAUUUAACAAGAGUAAGUUAGAUUUUAAAGGUCCUGAUUAGUUACAAUGUUGGGAUCCUUGCUGAUGCACACAGCCAAUGAAAAACAUGCUUAGUGCUUGCUGCAUACAGCCAUAAUCCAAAUGACCGGGCACCAUGCAGUUAGUGUGUUGCUUGUAAAAUGCUAAACAAAUGUGUUUUAACCAUACAUCAUGUUCCCUGUUUUUAAGAAAUUAAUUCUCCAAAGUGAAUGCCUUGCCUUGAGUACAAAGGGUUAAAAUAUUAAAACUGUCAAAAAAAACAAGUUCACCACUGCACUACAAAUAGCAUUCAGCAGAAGUAUUGCAUUUGCAACAACAUAUAUGUAGUAAGUCACAAUUCACUGAAAAUAACAGAUUUGAUUCAUCAUCUAUCAGUAAGCUUGAUUGGUCUAACAUUUUUUCAUGUCUGUGAGGAAACUGUUUGUGCUGCUAUUAUUGUGCCCCUACAAGUAGCUGAAAUUUUUUCCUUCCUCUGGAUGCAGUGUCGAGACCGAAAACAGCCAGCUUAUGUCGUACAAGAGGAAUGGAACUCUUAAAAAUUACAGCAACUAGAAACACAGCAACAAAAAAUACUCACUGAAGUGUAUUGAUCAUUAAAAAGAAGUAACACCAAUAUUGUGAUUCUGAAGAUUUUCAAAAUGAUAUAUACUUUUCUGUAAUCAUCAAAAUCGAAUUUAUGUAGCACAGCAUAAUGAAUGUUCUGAAUGCAAUUUCAUUUCCUCUUAUUUUCCAGAUGACUGUGAUAUUUACACCUUAAACACAUUUAAAUUUCAAUACAUAAUGCCAUGAAAAUCGAAUAAUGAUGGGUCAAAUUGACUUAAUAUUACAUUUUUUGCUGGUUUCCUUACUGCAUAAAGAGAACUGAGCUUUGCAUUUGGUAGGUUUAAACAGUAUUUUAGAAAAUAGCACAUAAAAGAAAGGAAACAUAGGUGAUCCAGGCAUUAUGACAGAUGAGAUGAACAUAGACCAACACUGAUUGUUUUUACCCCACAAUAAUAGAAAGUAGCUCACCAUCACCUUUUGAGAACAAUUAAGGAUGAGCAAUAAAUGCUGAUGAGCCAGUGACAUCCACAUCUCAUGAACAAACAAAAUGACCAUAAGUUAUAGGAGCAGAAGUAGGCUUUUCAGCCCAUUUGAGUCUGCUCUGCCAUUUAAUGAGAUCAUGUCCGAUAUGGUAAUCCUCAACUUCACUUUCCCUCUUUGUCCCCCAUAGCCUUUGGGAAAAUAUGUGCUCUCAUUAGUUCAGUCUUUCUAUGAUUUGAAGAAACAUUAAAAAACAUUUAAAAUAAUGGAACCCAUAUUAACCCUGUGAGACUCUCAACUUUUGCCAGCUAGGGGUUCUGAGCUUUCUCCAGAUGUUAACCAGUUUGAAAAUGAUCACAGGAAAUCACUUACCAGGAGUAACUAAAUACAUGCAAAACCCAUCUUUCUCUGGUUUUGUGCCCUGUUUUAUUUGCAUUGUUAUCUGAAGCUGAGUCAAUUUAGGUGCUUCUUGCUGUGGACUGAGUAUUACCUCUGAAACUGAGCUUCAUCAAUGGAGUGUAGCAGCCAAUGAAUUAGGUUUAGUUUUGCUUUUAUUCAUUUUAUUUUACAAUACAGCAAGUUAUAAAAAUAAUCAUAAAAGUAUAUGCAGUUUUUGUUGGAAUUUACUUAUUGAUAUUUUAAAA